AUGUCCGCACCUGUGGAUCUGACAAGCUCUAUAAUGUUACUCUUUUUCUUUUUCUUUUGCUUUGUGCAUUGUGUUUCACCUUUUUUCUCCUUAAAAAAUCUCAAAAAAUUCCCACCAUAUAACGAUGUAGUGACACAGGCAGGAACAGUGGAUCGAGCUUGUUUUUGUUGUGUGUGUGUGUGGAACAACACUACGUACGGUUUAAUUUCGGUAGGCCGUGACAACGGGUGGUUUCUAAUAACGACGUAA